GCGGCGGCAGCAGGCGAGCCGCGGCCCCGCGAGGCCAUGAAGGUGAAGAAGGGCGGCGGCGGGGCUGGGUCGGGGGCGGAGCCCGCUCCGGGGACCUCGGGGCCCAGCGUGGAGUCCAAGUUGGAGCCGCAGCCGCGGGCGGAUUCCGAAUCCGGGUCCGAGUCGGAACCCGAAGCAGGCCUGGGGCCCAAGCUGGGGCCCAAGCUGGGGCCGCUGCGGAGGAAGCAGCCGAUCGGGCCGGAGGACGUGCUGGGGCUGCAGCGGAUCACCGGCGAUUACCUGUGCUCCCCCGAGGAGAAUAUCUACAAGAUCGACUUCGUCAGGUUCAAGAUUCGGGACAUGGAUUCAGGCACUGUCCUUUUUGAAAUCAAGAAGCCCCCAGCCUCAGAGCGGUUGCCCAUCAACCGGCGGGACCUGGACCCCAAUGCUGGGCGCUUUGUCCGCUACCAGUUCACGCCUGCCUUCCUCCGCCUGAGGCAGGUGGGAGCCACGGUGGAGUUUACAGUGGGAGACAAGCCUGUCAACAACUUCCGCAUGAUUGAGAGGCACUACUUCCGCAACCAGCUGCUCAAAAGCUUUGACUUCCACUUUGGCUUCUGCAUCCCCAGCAGCAAGAAUACCUGCGAACAUAUUUACGACUUCCCCCCUCUCUCUGAGGAGCUGAUCAAUGAGAUGAUCCGUCACCCGUAUGAGACGCAGUCUGACAGCUUCUACUUUGUGGACGACCGGCUGGUGAUGCACAACAAAGCAGACUAUUCCUACAGUGGGACUCCGUGACUCCCCGCAACCGGCCCUUGGCCCAGGAGGGUCCUGGGCCCUCAGCCAUGACCUCCUUAAUACUCACCUCUCGGUCUUCUUGGGGAGAGCUCCAGGAACCCCUGGCUCUGAGGCAAUGUUGGGAGGGAGGGUGGCCGAUGGCCCUGUCCCACGUCCACAAAACCUAGGGAGCCUGGCACAUGGGGUUGGUGGGAGGAAGGCUGAUUGCCUCCCUGUCCAGGAAGGCCUCCUGCGAGAGGAGUAGCCACCUCUUCCGGACAGCUGGCCGGCCGCUUGGGUCCAAGUUUCAGAAUAGUGUUCCUCUAACUGGGCUUUGCCUAAGUCAGGGUGGGGGUCCAUUCUCUGUGCCCUGCCCACCCUUGACAGGCCGUUUAUAGUAUAUUUGCAGAUGAAGACCCAUGACUGCCAAGCUUCCCAAAGGAGUCUAUGCCCUGGCCUUGCCCAGUCUCCCCCAUCAGGGGCUUAGACACUGCCCGAGUGAGGGAGGGGCUAGUGCACCUGUAUAUAGUUUUCAAUAAACUUCUUUUCUGUUCUCUGGCAGUGGGCCAGCAUGUGUGUGUGUGUGUGUU